CUCUGUGUGAGGGGAGGCCCACGGUGUCAGACCUGGAAAUCCCCCCUGUGAUCAUCAACUUAGUGCUCUUCUAGCCAUCUGUCUGUUUCAUGUAAUGUCGUGUUCCUGCCACAAGGUGUCUCUGUUAGACACAUAAUGUGGCCAGUAUAAAAACCAGAAAGGAUCCACUGAUGUUUGUCAGUCCCACAGGUAGUUUAGUGUUGACGGAUGCGCGUGACUCAAAGAGAACCAAGAAUAGGUGGAGACAAAGAGAGAAAAAGUCACACAGUCAGUAAUCUUUUGUCUCACCACUCGGUUGCAUUACACUGAAAAUGGCAGCUUUUUAUCCGCGAGGUCUCCUGUUAUUAGUUCAGUUAAUGGUCAUGUCAGAAUGCAGAGAAGUCUCCUCAGUGGUUGCUUAUCAAGAAGAAGAUGUCGCUCUACCUUGUUCUAAUUCUUCUGUACUGGAUCCAAAGAGCUGCUACAGAGUCAGAUUGACAAAGUAUGCCACACACAACAGUCAGAUGAGGGUUAUCCUUGCCAGGCCUAAAACCCUCAAGAGCCCCGAUGCUGAACGUGUUAGAUGGGAAGCUGAUGCAGACGGACAGAUGCGUCUUUUGCUGACAAAAGUACAGAGAUCUGACGAGGGACUGUACGGCUGUGAGAUCUGGCUGGCCUGGGAUCUUGUCCAUGCCAAAAACAUAUCUUUAAAAGUUAAAGAGUGCAAAACCCUUAAAGCAGUGAAAGCAGCACCUGGGCCACGCGUCAACCUACGCUGCCCAGUGAACAUUACAUCGGGACAACAAGGAGCCCGAAAUGUCUCCUGGGUGAUGCUGAAAGGAGCCAGUCCAGUCUCCAUCAAGUCUGAAGGAGUUGAAAUUAACGGGACAUCGUUAGCUAUCCAGUCUGUGGAUUACAGUGACAGCGGCUGGUACAGAUGUAUGUAUAUGGUGGGACAAACUCAGCGCUGCUUUGACGUUAAUCUACUGGUUCAAGAGGUGGAACACGCAGUUGUGGCCACAACAGUUCCAGCGUUGACCGCCAAUCAGACGAUGUCUAAAGUCUGGAUGGAGGGGAAAAGUGCGGCAUUCACUGCAGGUGUGGCUUCAGUCAUGAUUGCGGUGGCCAUAACUGCAGCACUGACAGGACUGUUCAUUUACCACAGACGCAACACCCAGACAGCUGCGCAGCCAGCCCCGACUCUGUCAGCAGGUCCUCACACAGAGUGUCUCGAUGGUUAUGAGAGUGUUGAUUUUGAGGAUCCUGCGAGCCAAGAAGCCGACAGUCUGUACGAUGAAUUCGAUGACGAGAACCUGUGUACUUGUAAGCAGUUGCACAGCUAUGAAAUCUGAAGUUCAUCUUAAGUUCUCAUCAUAUUAGAAUAGCCAAGUGACAGUUUUCUCUUCUUCAUUGCAGUCAAUAAUUAGUCAUUUACUGUCUGCUGAAGAGGAAGAGGGAUUCGUGGAUUGCUGGCUCACACUUACGCAGUAUUAAAAGACAUGUAACGUGUUUUUGUUGUGAGGAUACGCAGCUGUGACCUGUAUUGAGCAUUGUGGAACAUUUGACAGAAGUGUAACAUGGAAAUUCUGCCCACUGCUUUUUGUCUUAGACUGUUGAAAAGGCUUUGCCCUGUUUGUGUUUGUAGAUUUGACCAUCUGUAUUGCAUUAAGGACAUAGAGACAUGAAAUCAGUUCAUUUUAUCCAAUUUGAAUGUAUAUAUCUGUGGAGGGAUAAACACUGGUCUACUUUA